UUCUCUCUAUGCAGCUGCCUCAUGGUCAUCCAGGAGAACUCCUUCUCUCGCUUUGUCCUUCCCACGGAAACAGACCCGAGUAACCUACAGAAGGAAUUUUAUUUGUGAAUCCUUACUGACCAAAAGUCGUCCUGAGUGGAUUCUGAAUUCCCUAACCAGAAGACAAUGUGAGCAACCCACAACCAGGGCACAAAACAGUAUCUUGGAGAGAAAGCAGUGUUAACAGUUCCAGUACAGUCACCUCUCGGGAUGAUGCCAGACCUUGGAGAGUUUCUCCAGCAAUUGCUUGUUGUGUUUCAGAUUUCCAACAGUUCUUUGAUUUAUAAAAACAAGGUCCAGGGUGUAAUAGUAGUGAGCAUAUGUGCUUCCCAGAGGAGAUCUCCAGUGGUUUAGGAACGUUCCCAUUCUUUCUCAGUGUCCUAGUCUAUUUCCGUCCUAGUUUAACAGCCCCCUCCCUCAGGAAUGUCCAGACAGAAACCACGCUCAGCUUCCUGAGACGGAGUGACCUCAGUCUGCUGCUGGGUCAGGCUGAACAGACCAGUGUGUUUGGUGCUGGGCUUAUGUGCUCGCUGACCCCUACAAUGGAGGACAAGACCAUCCCACAUGCUUACCCGAUGAGUGUAGAGUACGAGAAGGAAACACCGACAGUUAUCCACGACCAGAACUUCGGGGAAGGUUUGUCACCAGAAGAUAUUUUAGCUCCUACAUUAUACCAUGGUUACUAUAUCAGACCCAGGAUCAAUAAGCAGCUGGACAGAGGCUUUUCAAGAAUUGAAACAAAGCAUCAUAAAUUUCGGGUAUUUCUGGACGUCUGUCAUUUCCUGCCGGAUGAGAUCACAGUCCGGACAGUGGACAACCUUCUGGAAGUGUCUGGAAGACAUCCGCAGAAACUGGACAGUCAUGGGUUUAUCUCCCGGGAGUUCACCCGUACCUACAUCCUACCCCUGGACGUGGACCCUCUGCUUGUUCGGUCAUCACUGUCCCAUGAUGGUAUCCUGUGCAUUGAGGCGCAGAGAAAAGGAGAUGAGAUGCAACCCAAAGUAAACCACGUGAAAAUCAAUGUGGAGUCGGCACCCAUGGUAAAGGACCCUGGGGAAGAUACCAGAAGAGAGUAACAGAAGGAUAAGUAGCUCCUGCAGUAGGAAUGGGAAGACCUUCUGUGAUUGAUUUUGAUAGCGGGCCCUCUGCUGAAACACCAGAGUCUACUCUGGAAAACAGGGAGAAAUAUUACAAUGAUUGGGUUACAAGUAAGUUAUCAGUUAUUUAAAGUUGCAAAUAAACCUAGAAAAAGACUAAUUUUGACGUAUUUUAAUAUCUUCUGUAUUUAUAAAGCUACUUAUUAAUAUUAGACGCAAAUGAAACCUGAUGGUUAGUAUCACGAUUAAUUCAUGCCUUUACUGUCUUUUGCUCCUGUUCUCUGGAAGAAAAUGACACAUAUUGGAGAACAUUUACAAAUGUGCCCCUAGCAUCUUCCCAGCUUCUUCACACUUUCAUGGCUCAGCCUGACUUGCCAGCUAAGGAUGCAUCUCUCCAGUUUAACUUUCAGGACUGUUGAGUCUGUCUCCUUUUUACGUUUGUUAGCUAAAAGAAGUACCUAUGAGGUAUUGAGGCUGGGACCUACCUGGUCUCUGCACCUGGCACUGCACUACUUUCCUCUGAGCUAUUGGCUAAUCCCUUCUGCCAUUUCUGAUGUACAGCUUGACAAACCAAAUCUAUUAAUAAACAUUUUGACAACUAAUGUAUCCAAAAUGUGUUUAUUUCAUGCCUGUAAUGACAACCAUUAUUGCUUUUUGGCUGCAAUUUUAAAAAGGCACUGAAAUAAUUGUUUGGGGAAUGCUCUCAGCUGUUGCUUUUGCGUAACUUAUCAACGAAAAAAAUUGCAUGGGACAGGUCAAACAUUUUUCAAAACGAUGAUAUUAACUUUUCGUUGGCCAUAAUGCAAGACUUUGAGUUCAGAGUUAAAUCACUUAAGGGCUAUUUUUAACCUGCAACAUUGGCGGCAAAACAAGUAGUCUGCAUUGUACUGUUGGUAUUUAGCCCACGUGAUUUUCCAGUGGGGUCUUCAAUCGUCUUUCAGUCAUUAGUGAUAAUAAAGUGUGAAGCUGGAUGAGCACAGCAGGCCAAGCAGCAUCUCAGGAGCACAAAGUAUCAGUUUUCCACCACCGCUAGAAAUUAAAAUUAGCUCUGCAAUGUAUUAUCCCUAAAAAUAUAAUUCCGUGUUUAAAAGCUAAAAUGACCAAUGACAGAAAUCCAAAAUACAAGUAGAAAAUACACAAUAAGUUCAGCAGCAGCUCAUAAAUUAGAGAUUGAUAUUUCCAGUGGUGAUCCUUCAGUGGAUUUGACCAAGGUUUUCUGCUAAAAUGGGACUCUGUAUUUUGCUACUCAAAUUGCACACCGGGGAAUUCUCCUGAAAGGGGGUGCCGCUGACUAUCAAAUGAUGUUUCAAUUUCUAGUGCCUCCUUUUCUCCUGGCUGAAGUCCGGAAAUUGUGUGGUUGCCAUUAUAGAAUAACUUAACCAGCCUUUUGCAAGUGGAGGAUCAUGCUUGAAGUGUUAGUGCUGAUUGAAUUGGUGCUACCAGUCCUACAUUAUUUCGAAUCCUUUAUAAAUGCACUAUGACUGAAAACUUAUGCGACUAUUCUCCAAGGAGCGUGCUACUACAUCAAUGUCCCACCCACUCCUUCCCGUGACCACUUUCCGCCCCAAGUGUAACACUGCCUGUGGUAACUGCUUUGGUUUAUACAGCCACCUAUGGACUCAUUGAGGCUGGAAGAGAGUCAUUCUCAUCUGUGAGAGACUAACAACGAAUGAAUUAUUUUCCACUCCUUUCUUACGUGUAAGUAUAUUGUAACGCAGUAAAAUAAGUGACAGCUUUGACUCCAAAGCAGCCUUAUCCUGUUUCCGAUGGCACCUUCAUCGGGAUUUUUGUAGCACGUAGAACACUUCGCAAAAGAAACAUUAGCGUUUUCUGCAACUCUCUUUCUAAACCUAACAAUUUCUUCCAGUUUCUUCUGACUUGGAGGUGAUUUUCUCUGUUCAGGCAACCUUGUAUAUUUUUCUGUGCUUCGAAUCUGGACAGACAUCAAUAAUAUUUUGUAAGAUGCCGAUGUAGCAGACGUUGUGGAGAAAUGCUUCAAUUCCUCUUAAAUGAGGUAAAAACAAUGUGGGUUAUGCGUUUUCACAGACAUUAUAUCUGUUUUCUCCAUAAAGUGAGAUGGGGAUAAAGUCAAUUAAACACAUUCCAUUUUAACAACUGCAGGCACAAUUACAUCAGCAAAUGAAACUUCUAAUGGAUUCAAAAUCACCUUCUGCUAUUGCAUUGCAUAGAUUACAGAACAACAUAUAAAAACAACAGUAAAUUCAUCAAUUGGAAGUGACUCCUCCAUAAAUAGGAUUGCCAAGUAUUAUAUAUAUCAUCUGUUGGAGCGCCAUACCCAAGUUUUAAAAUAAUUGUUAACAUGUCUUUAUAGACAUGCCACUUUUUGACCCUGAUCAAGAAAUGUUUAAUAUUGUUAACAUAAAGUGGUUUCUAUCCAUUUUAGUUCUGAACUUCAUUUGCAGCUCUUAAACUGUAUACCUUCUCAUUUCAAAAUACAAUCCAGAAAAUAUUUUGCCUUCUGUAUUUUUUAAAUGCAUAUGUACUGCAUAAAGUAGAAUAAGUGAAAUAUAUAGAAAUGGAGGACAUUUCAAUUUAGUAUAAUGAACAAAAUAUUAUUACUAUCACAGUCCACAUUUAUCUUGGAUGCAAAUGCUAUGAGAUUCUGUUUGACCAUAUUAUGCAAAUUGAACUUUAUAUGAAACUUUGAAACGAAUUUAGAAAAAAGUGAGUAAACACAAUUUUUAAAUAUGGAAGUAAUUCAAAUUGUACAUUUAAAUAUUUUCUUUCAUUUAAUCAGAAGAAAGAUGAAAGAUCAAAAUAAAAAUUUAAAGAUUAAUAUUAAUUAGUGUCUGAAUAAGUUGGUUGCUUAUUUUCCCUACUGCCCGGUGUUAUUAAGAAACAAAACUGUAUCAAUUACAACUUCUCAUGUCUUAACAUUUAGAUAAUUAUUAACUUUCAUUUGAUUCAACCUACAUACUGAAAAUAUGCUUUUACUGCAAGAUAAAAUGGCAUCUUGCAUAAUCACAACAAAGCAGGUCUACUAAAGAGAACUUAAAGAUAACAAAGUUGAAACAUGCAUGACCCAAGAGGUACAGCGAUGUAAUUUUCAAACUUUGCAAUGACUACCGGUCUUCUGACUUUCUGACAAAUCUAAGUGAUGCACUGUCAGUUGUCAAGGGAUAGUGGGUAACUCAUUGACAGAAGGAAUGAUACUAUACUUGCCUGACUGGCAACUAAUUUUGUUUUAGCUACUACCAGUUAUGACCAUUGCAUACCAAUUUCUUUCCUCUUGGAUAACCUUCGUCAGUGUUAUUUUUACUAAGCCUUGAAUCUAUCUAAUUUUGCAAAGAACAUUUUUUAAAAGGAAUAUACCCCAAGAUAAGGCUUUGUAACAACCUUGGCUGAUUUUUUUUAAUGAGAGUAUUUAAUUUCACCCUAUUAGAUUUUCAGUGUUAAUAAUUGUAGUGAAUCAGAUGAUGCACCAAUUUAUAUUUACAAAAGCGGAUGUCACCAUUAUCAUUAAAACUAAAUUAGAUAGUCACUUGGAUGAAGACUGAAAGAAUUUGGAGAAAGAAUGAGGCAGAUACAGGUGGAGAGAAAUGCUCAAGCUCAUUGUUUCUACCCUUUAUAUGUCUCUGACUCAUUAUCAUAAUUAAAGCACGCUUCAGUUGUCCUUUAUAGUUAAAAAAAACUGCUAUAAAUAAACAGUCUGAGAUCAGAGUUUAAUUGGUAUUUUGUAAAGGGAGCUUGCAGAUUGGAAUAUGCUUGUAAAUUUUCAGCUCCAGUUCUGAAAAACAGCACGAGGUGACUGACUGUUGAUCUAUUUAUGUGCAUUUAUCACAUUGGGGACAAUUUAAAAUUAGCUCACCAGAUGGGAAGCACACAGGAUCGUGGUGAAUAUUGAUCCUAUAUCUGCCCAAUAAUGCUCAUUGACGUCAAUGGAGAGUAAAAUCAGGUGUUUCAGCAUAUUUUGCAUCCACUCGUGUAUUUUUCCUGAAUUAAUGGGAUAGGUUAAAAUUGUGCAGAGUUUGAUGAUGCUCUCAAUGUUUUUGAAUAUAGUGGAAUAACAUUUUAGAUGUUCUUUCAACUAGUUGUUUAGACUCCUUUUCCACAGUGAAACAGGAGAAAGGCAUAACAUUGUCAAAUCUGGUUAUAUGUUCCUAACUCUCAUUUUCCUUUCCCAUAUCUUGUUAUUUUGUAGC